CUGUCCAGACGCCAGUCAAACGACUGUUCCACCACAAAGAGACGUCGUCUUGUAGAGGAGCUUGUAAGUGGACAUUUCUACAUAGCCUACUGCAUUAAGCUCUUUGAACUGAAGAGGAUAUUGCACAAUAUUUGGAAACUCUUUAACACUACAAGUGGAAAAUGAACAUGGCCUCAUUUGGUAUCCUCUGUCUGUUCACUGUCAUCUAUAUCAGCAUAGGAAAUGCAGCUUUUAUAGAGUUGGAAUGCAGAGCUGAACAUGUGGGACAGUAUGGCCAGCAGUCACUGCUGGAAUGUGUUGUCAAAAUCACACAGGAAGUACCAGAUGUAGAAAUACGCGUGGUCACUUGGCGCAAAAAGGGAGUCGAGGAUGUCUUACUGGUUUUUAACGGACAGGAUGUUUCACAGAAGUCAGGCUACUCCUUUGCCGAGUCGUCCUGGAAUGUACAAAACAUGAACGUGUCCCUGCUCAUUACCAACACUUCUGUAGAGAACGAGGGACUUUAUGAAUGUAUGGUGGUGACAGACCGCGGUGAUAACACCAAACUCACCAGCCUGAAAGUCAAAGCCAAGUACAGCAAACCAGUUGUACAAUUCAAUCAGGUGACACGUACCCUGAUGUGCGACUCUCAUGGUGGCUACCUGAAAGGUCAACUUCGCUGGUUUAGUGAGCUCAGCACGGAGUGGACAAAAAGCUCUGAAAUGGAAGCGGAGCUGGAAAAAAGUGGUCUGUUUCACCUCUCUAGCAAGCUGACGUUGUUAGAAGGAUCCACCUUCUCGAAGUACACCUGCAUAGUGUUCAAUGCCAGUGGAGACAAAGAGGAAGAGGCAACAUUUGAAAUACAGGGUGCACCAAAAUAUGAAGGCCAGCGGAAAGACUUGGAUCCAGCCUCCAAAAUAGUCGCUCCUGUGGUGGUCAUCGGAUCGCUGAUCACAGGGUUGCUGAUGGCGCUGCUGAUUUAUCGAAGGCGAUCUCAACGUGGCCAUCACAGGGUCGAAACACACGAGGCAGUUGUGGAAGUUGAACUCCAGGAGAUGGAUGAACCAUGCCGGGACAACAUGGCCUGAGGAGACACUGCAUGUCAACUUACUGGCAACCUUUGAAAUCAACACUUCCUUGUUUGCUAAUCUCUAACAAUGCUAUCAUUGUAUUUUUCUUAUUGCAAGCCACUGAGUAUAUAGCCAGGAAUAACUUUUAUUAUUUGUGAUCUGUCAGAGGAACUGCUUGCGCUGCAUUCACCUUAGAUUACUGAAACAGUGACGGACAUCCAGAAGGCAAAGCCGUCACAUUCAGGCCCUGUGAACACGAACUGUGUAAUAUCACAGAAAAAACUAUUUAGGAUGGCAGUGAAUCUCUGUUGGUUGUUGAAGGAAACAUUCCUGUUUAAUUGUGCCAACGCAGUAACUGUAGCAUUAUGGGAGCUUGGGAGGAGUGGCCCCACUUCCUCUUAUCAUAUUAUAGUUCAUCAUUUUUAGGAAUGGGCUUCAGAAGUUAGGAGGUGUGUGUGUGUGUGUGUGUGUGUGUGUGUGUGUGUGUGUGUGUGUGUGUGUGUGUGUGUGUGUGUGUGUGUGUGUGUGUGUGUGUGUGUGUGUGUGUGUGUGUGUGUGUGUGAGGUAUCAAAAGUAGGCAAUGUUGUGAGUUUUAAUAGUCUUCAUUGUACAGUUUUUUUUUUUUUUUUAAUUUUUCAGUCCAUCUCAGUACUUUUUGACUUUCUCUCAGAUCCAGACCCAUUUAUUCCUAUUGAAGACGUAAAUCAUUUGAUUUAAAAAGCAAUUGUUUCUCAGAAGUAAAUAAAGUAUUUGUUUAGAGCCAUUUUCAGUCAUAGAUUAUUAAACUAUUGUUGCGCUAGCAUUUGUGGCUCCAGGUGGGAUUAAAGACACGUUUAAAGAUUGAUUCAUAAGAAUCUGUCUGACUGAACUCAGCGGGUGACACUCAAUGAUUGACUACAUUGUAUUGUGCAAUGUAUUAUGUUUGUUUUGCAAUAAUUGUUCAAAGCAGCAUGUUGCAAUGUCUGAAAGAAAAGUUUAGGCAAUGCCCGUUUCCUGGAGUCAACCCAGGACUACAAUGGAGGUGGCUACAUCGUAUGUUAGUAGAUCAGUUAAGGGUCUUUAAGGAUCCAUGUUCAAAACUUAUAGCAGUUUUAACACUGAUUAAAGCAGGUUAUGUCCUGCUUAAAGACAGAUAAUAAAAUCAACUGAUCUAACUUUAAGUUAACUUUCCCUGCCUGAGAACAUUCCAGCUCAGCAAAUUUCAUAUCCUUAUUUUAACCACUGAUAAAGCUCACUAAAUAAAUACUGGUUGCACUUCCACGUCUCACAUCACCUUCACUUGCUCUUGGCAAAUAGUGUGUGGUGUCUAAAAGCCAAAAAACAUGUGUUUGUGUUCCUCUUAAAUGUUACGACUCGGACGCAGGAAGGGAAGACUCAAUCGCACGACUCCAGACAUGAAUGUAAAGUGUAGAAUAAAUAAAACUUUACUUCCAAAAAACAACAAAAUAACAACUCAAAACACUCACAAGGAGGAUAUACAAAUUUAUCUGAAAAGCACACUUCAUGGCACACUGGUACUUGCAUAUGAUCUCACAAGGAUAUGCCCAGACAAACUGGCACAAGACAAGGUGACAAUUUAUACAAGAGGUGAGUAGGAACAGGUGGAAACCAUCAGGGGUGGGGCAGACGCUUAUGGAGGGAAACCACACAAGGACAGGAAGUAAAGACUAGACAUGACACAAGGGAGGUGAACUCAUAUACAUUAACUGUCUGCCAUAAGACUGUGUGUAACGUUUGGCAACAGUAUGCAACUUUGUUGCCAAAUCAAUUCUUAUUUUUUGGUUUUAUUGUUGAUAAUUGAUACCAGCUCAUAGAAGCGGCCAUAUUUUCAGGGAACGUGAUUUCUGAUCACAGCUGAACCUAAACACAAUGUUCUACUUAUGAGUCAUUGGUGUUAAUCAUUUACUUUUAGAUAGAGCAAAACAACAACAUUAUAAAAGUUGAAGGAUGAAAUAAACAAACAAUUUAACUUUCCAAAAAACUUAACAGGGGAGCUUGUGAAUGUGUUUUGUACUGUUUUUAUCAAUCUGUAAAUACUGUGAUUCUGUGUGGCUCUGAAUUCAAGUUGUCAAACUUUUUAGAUCAGGUCAAAAAGAAACAUGCAACUGGACUAGACAUUUGAAUGAUUUAACUUUUCAAGAUUAACAAAUGUACACUGUUUAAAACAAAUAUCCUAUUUUUCCAUGUAAUAAAGCACAUUUUGAAUUGCAAAAUAA